AAGGAGCGCUACAUCCAGGCCAGCAGUUUCCAUUUGCAAUCCGACCCCAUCUUCAUCCCGUUGUCGCAGCAGCAGCCAUCCAAGCAGCGAUGGACGGCGGCAAGAAGAGCCGGAACCCGCACAAGGCCUCCGCGGACUACCGCAGCGACCGCAAGUCAGCCUCCGGGAUGAGCGGCGACCCCAAGAAGGGCGGCCGCGGCGGCAAGUUCACCUGGGAGGGCGCCGACGACUACGGCUACGGCUACGCCGACGAGGACCUCGGCCUCAUCUCCAAGAAAGGCAACAUCAACAGCGGACGCGCUAGCCAGGUCCAGGGAGGCGCCGCCGCUAAGAAGGACGACGACGAGUAGGCCUCGCCGCCUCGGCUCGCCCGCCCGGUCCCGUCGAUCGCCAGCAAGAACCAACAAGCCCUUCUGUCUGUUUAAUUCCAGUAUCAGUUCGAUUCUCAUGUUGAAUAAUCAUGAUCAUGUGGGUUUAGGUGUCGUGCUCACGAGUAUGUAGUGUAGCUCCUGCUAGCACAGAGCACAGCACAGAGCCACUGGGCGAUCGACGGGCCGUGCAUGGCCUGUAGAUACCAUCUCAUAUGUUCACCACUGCUACUUUGCUCAUGUUGGGGGCCUCUCCUGAACUGGGUUCCUGGAUGAACUGAUUUUCUAUUAGUUUCCGGAAUCGAUGCUCCAGUUGCGACCCCUGCUCUUACUCGCUUCAGACCCAGCUCUGGACUGUGAAACCGACGACAAACGUCUCUCCAGUUUCAGAUGAGAUGCAAUUAUGAAGCAAAACUAGUAGUACUUCGCAGAUCCGUAAAAUUGAAGCACACAGAAAGGGAGGAUUGCGAUGUUUUUGUUUUUUCUUUGUUUCCAAGAGAUUGCAAAGUUUAUCUUUGCAGGCGAUAACGAUGACUCAGCAACUUACCC